GAAACUUGCUCUGGUCCUGGAGGCUGCGGCGGCGCUUUAUCUGCUGCUCUCACCUGCACAGAGUCUACCUUUGGGGAACAUUAACCGUACAACUGAAGUGAUAAUGUUUCAAGAGGUGUGGAGUCGCAGCUUCUGCCGGACCAUCGAGAAGCUUGUGGAGGUGGUGCACGAGUAUCCAACGGAGGUGGAGCACAUCUACAGCCCCUCCUGCGUGCCACUGGUGAGGUGUGCAGGCUGUUGCGGGGACGAGAACCUGGAGUGUCAUCCCACCAGCACCUCAAACGUCACCAUGGAGCUGUUGAAAAUCCGGCCAUCAGAGCCGGGUCAGGAAUAUGUUGAGAUGACGUUUGUGGAGCAUCAGACAUGUGAAUGUAGAGUCAGGAAACCUGUUGUGAUGGUCGAGAGGAAAAGACCAAGAGGGAGAGGACGGAAGAGAAAGGAGCGACAAAAAAACAAAGAUUGUGACAGGUGCCAGGUCCCGCGCAGGUAACUGCAGUGGUGACCCAACCCCCUGUUGCAGUGUGGCUCAUUAUUUAUUUCCAGCCCAGUGACGGCAUCAAGAGUCUCCUCCGCUCAUCUAUCAACACUGUGUCUGCAGCCGGAGACUCAGAGAGCUGAGAGACGUUCCCUUCUGCUGUUGGGCAGAGCGUUUUGUAAUGACAAGGUUCAAAAGGAAGUGUGUUCUGAUUGGUGGAAACACUGCUGACACAAAAGGAUAUCCCUGGGAGCCAGUGCAAUGUAGAAUCAAACCGACUGAUGCCUUUUCUUUGACACUAGUUAUUACUGUAUCAGUUAUUGUAAUUUGUGGAAUUCCUCUGUAUUUAAAGGUGGUUAAGUUUAAAAAUCUAUAUUUAUUGAUACAGCCGAAUAUAUUUGGACCAGCAACAUGUAAAAUGUUUGUCAUUCCUUUUUCAAACUUUAUCCAAGACACCUUGACUUGUCAAAACUGUAAAUGUUGGACUGAGUGUGCAGCUGCUUUGUACACCCUUAUAAUGAAAUGUCGCCCUCUAGUGUCUGUUGAGACAGUGCUCAAAACUGACCUAUAUGAAAUUAUUUUUUUAAGGGGAAACACAUGAAUAUAAUUAGACACAGGACAGUCACGAUCAAUCACUUCAUCCCAUUAUUAGCAUUUAACUAUCAGUUAUUUAAGUAACAAUCCCAUAAUCAUUGAUUCUGGAUGAAUCCUCUACAUGUCACGAGACCAAACAGGAGUUGUUUGUAUUUUGCUGUCAAUUCACAACCGUAUAAGAGCAAUAUUUAUCAGAAAAGUUUAUCAGCUGACGAUGUCCUCAGAAGAUUAUGUAUGAAUAAAUAUAUCAAGUUGACAAAUAUCCUAAUUGUUCUUUAAUCCUCUCUUUAUUGCUUUAUUGUGAGCAGGGUAAAAUCGUAAAUAAAACUGCUUUCUAAAUGAACAAAAUUCGGCCGUGUGAGAAAUCAGUUCACUUAACAAGACAACAGAUUUUGAUACCUUAUGUUUUUUUAAUUACAUCACAAUGUUUUCACAGAUGAUAUAUAUUUAAAAAGAUAACAUGUCUGCUGGGUGGGCCCCAGUGAGACGAGACUCACAUGAGCCCACAGCACAGGUGUCUUCCUCCAUAUGUGUUUCUUUUUUAAAUCCUGCAGUAAGGAAGGGAUCAACUGAAGUAGUUCUGUUAAACA